AUGGGUCGCCCAAAGCGUAAUGCUCACGCGGCAGCUGUCGAGUCCACCACGCCGCCUGAUGAGCUCGCGGCCAACCAGUCGCUGGCAUGCGUAAUCAAAGCAGAAGGCAACAGUGUCUACAGCUGCUCUCUGCCCGACAAGCGCACAGUCAUGGUCCAGCUCGCGGAUCGCUUUCGCAACACCAUCUGGGUCAAGCGUGGAGGUUAUGUGCUUGUCGAUCUCACGCCUUCCCAGGAAAUGAAGGGCAAAGUCGAAGGCGAGAUUGUUAAUGUUGUCCGCGAAGAGAGGUUGUGGAGAAAGCAAUCGUAUUGGUCAGUCAGCACUUUGCUUUUCCACCUUGGUCCAAGCCAGAAGCUAACCAAUGGCAGGCCAAAGGAGUUCGCCCCAGUUGUGUAUUCAGAUGAGGAAGAGUCCGACUCUCAUGUCGGCAAGAUGCCACCGUCUGAUUCCGAGGAUGAAGACUGA